AUGAAAUAGAGAUUAGUAACUUAAGCAGAUGAAGGAUCUCAAGAUAAUUUCAUCCAAAAAUCUAAUUCAUUAUAGAAUCAAUUUCAAAUACUUUAAAUUGUAGGUAAUGGCACUUUUGGUAUGGUUUAUUUGGUAUUAUAUUAAUUAAUAUCAUAUAUAGGCUAUUGAUACAAAAACUAAUGAAAAAGUUGCUAUUAAGAAAGUAUUUUAAGAUAAACGCUAUAAAAACAGAGAACAUCUUAUUAUUUAAGAAUUAAAUCAUCCUUGCAUUGUAAAAUUAAGAUAAGCAUUUUUCACAUAAGGAGAUAAUUCUAAAAAUGUAAUAUAAAUAAUUAAGACAAUAGCCAGAUGAUAUAUAUCUAAAUCUAGUAAUGGACUACAUUCCUGAAACCUUAAGCAAACUUAUACGAAAUUACAAAAAGAAUAAAACUCCAUUUCCAAAUAUUUUACUGAAAAUCUACAGUUAUCAAAUGUUAAGAGCAUUAGCUUAUUUAUAAGGUAAAUUAAAUAUUAAGAAAUUAGGUAUUGGAAUUUGUCAUCGUGAUAUUAAACCUUAGAAUAUUUUGGUUAAUCCAAAUAAUCAUGUGUUAAAAAUUUGUGAUUUUGGAUCAGCAAAACAAUUAGUACCUGGAGAACCAAAUGUUGCUUAUAUUUGUUCAAGAUAUUAUAGAGCUCCUGAAUUAAUAUUUGGAGCAACUGAAUAUACAACAUCUAUUGAUAUUUGGUCUAUAGGUAUUCAUUAAUUAAUAACUAAAGGAUGUGUUAUUGUUGAAAUGCUUACAGGUGAACCACUCUUUCCUGGAGGAUCAGCAACUGAUUAACUUGUUGAAAUCAUUAAAAUAUUGGGUACACCUACAAUUGAAUAAAUUAAAAAAAUGAAUCCAUAACAUUAAGAAUUUAAAUUUCCUUAGAUUAAAUGUCAUCCAUGGGCUAAAGUAAUUUAUUAUAAUAUUAAGGUAUUUGCUAAAUUUAAACCUGAACCUUUAUUUGUUGAUUUUGUUAGUAAAUUACUUGUAUAUUCUCCAAAAGAAAGAUUAAAACCUUUGGAAGCAUUACUUCAUCCAUAUUUUGAUGAAAUUAGAUAAUAAGGAUUCUCAAUUCCAAAUGUACAAUUACCUAACUUUUUUGAUUUUCAAAAAGGUAAUUAUAAUUAUUAAUAUAAAAGAGGAAUUGAAAAUUCAACCUGAAAUUGCUCAUAAAUUAAUCCCUUCUUGGUUCAAAUAAAAAUAAUGA